AUGUUUCUGUUGAAUUGUCUUUAUCUUGUAGAUCAAAUGGUAUGGAAAAGCACUGUAGAACUCGAAAGAGAACACGAGCUGAAGCAUGUUUAGGAAAUAGUUCUAAAAGUAAUUGCACAAAUGGACAAAGAACAUUAUAUCCAAAUAGACCAGUCAGCUCUGCUUUGUAUCGCCCUGCUCCUUUCAACGAUGAACCAGAAGCAAUGGCAGAAAGAGAUCGUUGUGAUUAUUCAAUAAAAAUUACCAAGGAAAUGGCUGAAAGUGGCACAGCUCCUCGACCAGUCCGAGUGUAUGCUGAUGGAAUUUAUGAUUUAUUUCAUCAAGGACAUGCUAGGCAACUUAUGCAAGCAAAAAAUGCAUUUCCUGUUGUAUAUCUUAUUGUUGGAGUGAAUAGUGAUUUUCUCACUCAUCAAAAUAAGGGAAAGACAGUUAUGACAGAUGAAGAGCGAUAUGAAGGCAUUCGGCAUUGUCGAUAUGUUGAUGAAGUUGUAAGAGAUGCCCCAUGGAUAAUAGAUGACAAAUUCUUGGAAGAAAAUAAGAUAGAUUUUGUUGCUCAUGAUGAUCUUCCAUAUGCUAUGGGAUCUGAAGAUGAUGUGUACAAAGGUAUUAAAGAAAGAGGGAUGUUUGUUGCAACAGAGCGGACAGAAGGAGUUUCAACAUCAGAUUUAGUGGCUCGAAUUGUUCGAGAUUAUGAUAUGUAUGUCCGCCGAAAUUUAGAUCGAGGGUACAGUGCAAAAGAAAUGAAUGUUUCAUUUCUUAAUGAAAAAAAGUUUUUGCUACAGAAUAAAAUGGACAAAAUAAAAGGGAAAUUGGAAGGUAAAAGGCAUGAAAUCAUUCACAAAUGGGAAGAAAAGUCUAGAGAAUUCAUAAAUAAUUUUUUAGAUUUAUUUGGUAAAGAUGGCAGACUGAAUACCUUUUGGAAAGAGAGUAAAGGAAGAUUAAGGCAAGCACUCUCUCCAGCUAGCACACCUCCUGGAAGUCCAUUGCGAAGACGAGCUCGUUCAGCAUCUCCUCCUGCAAAAUCACGUCGAAUAGAGACCAUGUCAAAUCGAGGCACUUCUUCUGAAGAAUCUUCUGAUGAAGAAUACGAGUGGCUUAGGGCUUAAAUUACAAAAUAAAAUUUCUGCCAUUCCACUGCAGAAAUCAAUUUUUAGUCAACCUGUGUUCAUUUUUCAUCUAUUUGAAUGAUAAUCUUGGUGAAAUAUAUUUGGUCUUCACUUAAUUUUUUGGAGUGUCCCGAAAAGAUUAACAUUACAGUGCUCAAAAUAAAUGAUUUAGAGUAAUAAGUUGUAA